AUUUAUUAUUAUUAUUAUCGACAUGCCAUCCAAUUCCUCAGUCACGAAAAUCAUAAAUGAUCUAGAAUCCAAAGUCGAAUAUAAAUGCAACCAGACUAAUUACGUUUUGGCCCUCAACCGAGAAACAAUCAAUAUCCCAAUGCUCUCUAUUAUCAAGGCCACGAGUUGGAGCUAAUCGAUUAUCCGAUGCGAUGAGUCUGAAAUUCGCGAGCAAUUUGAGUUUCAUGUUCACCGAGUGUCCAAGUUUAAUUGGACGAUAUCAAUUAGCCAGAGACGCAGGUUUUCAGGCUGUUGAGAGUGGAUUCCCUUUUGGAUAUUCAAUUCAGCAAGUGACGCAGGCUAAAGAAGCCGCACAAGUUGAUCAAGUGCUGAUAAACGUCUUCACGGGAGAUGUCUCCAAAGGAGAAUUGGGGUUUGCUGCGAUUCCUGGAAAGGAGGAAGACUUCAGGAAAAGCAUUCAAUUGACUAUUGACUACGCAAAAGCUUUGAGGUGUUCAAAGAUUCACGUGAUGUCUGGAAUUGUUCAAAACCCUUCACCAAUCAAUGAUACAGUUUAUGAAGCAAAUUUGCGGUAUGCAGUGGAUAAAUUCAAGGCGGAGGGAAUCAUUGGACUCAUCGAACCCAUCAAUGGCUAUUCAGUACCAAAUUAUUACAUGAAUUGUUAUGAUAAAGGACUUGCGGUUGUGAAGAAGAUCAACAGUCCUCACUUGAAACUCAUGUUCGAUAUUUUUCAUCUGCAACAUCUCAAGGGAAACGUUACAAAUACGAUUAAGGAGAAUUUCAAUUACUUAGGGCAUGUCCAAGUGGCUCAGGUACCUGAUAGGCAUGAACCGGACACAUCAGGGGAAUUGGAUUACAGAUACAUUUUUUCAGUUCUGGAGGGAUUAGGGUACACUGGAUACAUCGGUUUGGAAUAUAAACCUAGGACGAAGUCUGUUGAGGGAUUGGGAUGGAUUAACAAAUUUGGAUACUCUCUGCAGAUAUGAUUUUCGAUGUUUAUUUGUUCUAUCUGGUUGUUUUAUGGAAGAGUUGGUAAACAAUUGGGAUUUUGGUAAAAUACAGUGCAGAGUGGAUGAAUGAAAA